AAUCGCGACGCUUCUCGGUUCAAUGAGCGUAUCCUUCGCGGUACUUGCAAGGUAUCUUCCCAUAAGACAGACCUCCCAAAAGACAUACCGCUUCAAACAACACACUUUAUCAAAAACAAGAUAGCAACCCGAAUGCUGCUUCUGGAUGGAUGCUCAAAUAUGAUGUCAAAAUACCGCCUGUUGUUGUUCGUCGUCGUCGCGUUCUGUGGAGUUUCCUUGUACCAGUAUAUGAAUGUCUUCACGACCUCAAGGGGAACGAUACUUCGUGGGAUAUGUGAACCGGCGACUCACCGUGACACCGUGAAGGAAGAAUCUCGUUUGUUGUCCAUGCAAGAAAAGCAUCUGGUGUCUUCCACUUUCUUCGCAGACAAUCUCAAGAUGUCGAAUACUAUAUUUCAACAAAAGAUAGCCGCCUUGAAGAAACACAAGUUAUGGGCUCAACUGGAUCCCAUUUCCAACUGUACCGGACGUGAAAAAAGGACCACAGUUAUGUGACGACACAGGGAGGUG